AUGGAAGAAAUUCGAUGGCGCAGAAACUCAUGGGCGCCAUCAGUGCAUGCAGAACCGUUAGAAAUCAUCGAGGAAUCGGUGAUCGGAGCUGCUCCUGUAACGCUUAACAUGACCAAUAAGGUACUGCUGCAGUUCAUGCCGCUGCGCCUCCCAAAUCCAUUUCUUAUAAAUGGAGCUGCUCGUCCAGGUUCUGCUCGAUUUAUUGUUUCGCAAAAGUCAAGACGACCACUGAUGAGGACUUCUAGCACUGAUUUCAUGGAGCAGGAUUGCCGCUCGGCUCUUAGUGCAUUCCAGUUUCUCGAUGAUGAUUGUUGCAGCAUAUCUGAAUCACCCCAGUCCUCUCUUGGAUCAGCAUUCUCAGCAUUGGAUUUCUCGAUGCGUUCCGAGCAAAUUGACAUGAUCCGGGACUGGCUGAGUCCGGCGAAGACAAGUGAUGCAAAUUUUAGGAUUGAAUGUACUGUUGUGCGCGAUUUGCUCGAUUCCGAAAUCGAUUAUGUUGGUGCGCUGAGGCUUGUUGUCCAGGAUUUUUUGCCCGAAAUGGCCCGAAUUGACAUUCCGACGGCAUUGCGUGGUAAAAAGUCGUGCAUCUUUGGCAAUAUUGAAAAACUCUUUCAAUUCCACGCACAUUCCUUUUUGCCUCAGCUCAUCUCGCGACUAAGUUCUUUUGAAUUGUACGCCUUAUAUGCUAAAAAUAAGCCAAAAUCGGACCAACUUAUGCGUGAAGCUGGACAAAAAUUUUUCAGUUCUGUGCAGAGUCUCGCUGAUCUAUCGCAUUUGCUUAUCAAACCGAUCGAAAGGAUAGGAAAAUAUGCUCUCGCACUGCAACAGCUUCUUAAUGCCGCUCCACCGAAUAAAACGGAUGUUUUGGAAAUGCUGGGAAAAGUGGCAGCGAUAGUGGGGCAUCAGGUUCGUCGUGGAGCCGAUUUGCUGGCUAUGGAACGAAUAACUGGUUGCGACUUGAACCUUCGAGAACAGGGUAGUUUGCUGCGGCACGACACAAUGUACGUUACGGAAAAACGUGGCCUGCAGUCCAAAAAACGUGUUCGAAAUGUGUUUCUAUUCGAGAACUGUGUUGUGCUUGCAAAGCCGAAAUUAUCGCGAUCCUGGCGAGGAAGCAGUUUUGAUGAACUAAAGUAUAAAAGUAGUAUUCAGAUGACUGAUUGCGGCUUAACUGAAAUGGUGAAGGAUUCGAGAGUCAAAUUUGAAUUGUGGUUUCGAAAGCAAAAGAAUUCAUUCACAUACAUAAUGGAGGCGCAAACUGCAUGCAUUCGCGAUGCUUGGGUCGAGGAUAUUCGAAACAUGCUAUGGGAGCAAGCAAUCCGAAGUCGAGAAAAGAACAUCCGUGAGAAGUCAAAUAUGGGCAUCGAGAUGCAUUCCUCUUCCUACAUACAUUUGCCUCCACGUGCUACGCUGGCUGGACUACGAGAAUAUGGAUUCCUUGAGGGCACUCGACGUCCACGUUCUCUGAUUUCAUUGACAGCUUCGUCAUGCUCAAGCUCCAACAAUCUUGGGCGGAUGCAAGCUGGACGAGCAGCAUGCGAUAUUGGUGGCGAUCUUUGUCGAGUGGAAGAAGAUGAUGAGUGGGGGGAAAGCAUGCACGAAUCUGCCGCUUCGGCAAAACAUCCCGAAAGUACACUGCCUCGUUUCCGGGCUCCACCACCGCCAGUUGUCAAAGACUUGGAUCAGUAA